GGAAGAGAGAGAGAGAGAUCUGUGCUUUGCUGCAGUGCGAUUUAGCGUCAGUCACUCCGUCUCUCUCUCUCUCUGAAUGUGUCUCCCUCAGUCACAGUGUGGGCUGUCAGACAGGACCACUGCCUGGUCCCCCAAGCCCCAGUAUUAGCCACUCCCCGACUGGCUCAGCCCAGGCACCUCCUCGCCGUCUCCUUCACACCCCCUCCCCUUGCCCUUCCCCUCCCUUCUGCAGUUCCAGGCUCCGAGCAGACAGAUGCCCUGCUCCACUUGAAGAAAGGGCAGAGCAAGAGCCCACUACAGAAAGGGAGAUAAGGCAGCGCUGGCUGUUAUUCCACAGUCACAUCCUUCCCCCAUCAGGAAGUGGUGACUGCAAGCAACACCACACACAAAAAAAGGGGGGAGGCGGAUUAAAACAAAAGCCCCAGACUUCCUCUUUCUGAGUUUCUGAGCUGUGUAUUGGGGAGGGGGUCAGAGAAGGAGCUAGGGCCGGGGGUGGGUUGCAAUGGCUCGGGAAUGUGAAAAGAGCCGCCUUUCCUGGAAAAAGCAAGCGGACGACAUUAAGAACAUUUUCGAAUUUAAAGAAGUCCUGGGCACUGGUGCCUUUUCUGAGGUAGUCAUGGCGAAGGAGAAAACCACUGGGAAAAUGUUUGCAAUUAAAUGCAUCCCAAAGAAAGCCUUGAAAGGCAAAGAAAGCAGCAUUGAAAAUGAAAUUGCAGUCCUCAGAAGAAUAAAACACGAGAACAUUGUGGCCCUGGAGGACAUUUACGAGAGUCCAAAUCACUUAUACCUUGUGAUGCAGCUGGUGUCCGGAGGGGAGCUGUUUGACAGGAUUGUGGAGAAGGGGUUUUACACCGAGAAAGAUGCCAGUACUCUGAUACGCCAGGUCCUCGAUGCUGUGCAGUAUCUGCAUAAAAUGUGCAUUGUUCAUCGAGACUUGAAGCCAGAAAACCUCUUGUACUUCAGCCCAGACGAAGAAUCCAAGAUUAUGAUCAGUGAUUUUGGUUUAUCCAAAAUGGAAGGCACAGGGGAUGUUAUGUCUACUGCGUGUGGCACCCCAGGCUAUGUGGCUCCAGAAGUGCUGGCGCAGAAACCCUACAGCAAAGCCGUGGACUGCUGGUCUAUUGGAGUCAUUUCUUACAUCCUGUUAUGUGGAUACCCUCCAUUCUAUGAUGAAAAUGACUCCAGACUGUUUGAACAGAUAUUAAAGGCAGAAUAUGAAUUUGACUGUCCAUACUGGGAUGACAUCUCAGAAUCUGCUAAAGAUUUCAUAAAACGCUUGAUGGAGAAGGACCCAAACAAACGUUACACAUGUGAGCAAGCACUAAGACAUCCGUGGAUUGCUGGAGACACAGCAUUGAACAAGAACAUUCACGAGUCCGUCAGUGCACAAAUCAGGAAGAACUUCGCUAAAAGCAAGUGGAGGCAAGCGUUUAAUGCCACGGCUGUUAUCAGACACAUGAGGAGGUUGCACCUGGGCAGCAGUCAGGAUGGAUCGAAUCUGAGUGCACAAACUAACCGCAAGCCCGGCAAUCCACUUACAGAUGUCCCAACUCGUAAAGAGUGUGUGUCUCCAUCCACUGCCUGUAGUAUAGAAUCGUCUGUGUCUUCACCCUCUGGAAUAUCACCAUUAGGAUCAGAGGGGAGAGCAAGAUCAACUACAGUAACCACAGUGCACACUGGGAGCAAAUGACAAGCUCCUUCAUCAGAAUCGAAAGUAGGAAACAACAUCACUGUGAUGCAGCCCAGAAUUCAAGUGAUUCCACCCUGUCAUGUGCACUGAAGCCUAGAGGGAUCCCAGGAAAGAUUUUUAAGGCCAUAUUUUAUACUGUAACUCUUAUACGAUACAUGUAUCAUAAACAUUGAACCAUGUGCUGAUGGAUUUAACAGUAUCUGGUGCUGUGCAUAUGAGUCUGGCAAUGCUUUAUUUCACUUUGUAUAAAUGCAGCAGUUGAAAAAUAUAAUUUUCCCAGUAAUUGUGCGAAAUGUACCUCCAAAAUAGCAUCAUUUCUCCAGGAUGUAUGUUUUCUGAGGAAUGAGACAUUAACUGGACUGCACAACCCUUUGCUUAUUUCUUGUGCUCUUGUUGAUUGUUUUCUCUUACAUGAAACUGUUUCCUUUUACAGAAAGUGCAGAGCCCCUUUUACUGUACCAUUGCGAUAGACAGCAUUGAGCUGACAGAACCGGGGUAACAGAAAUGCUGUGAUAUUAACCUAUCGGGGUUUAAAAUGUUGUAUACUAAAACAUUUUUGUCCUAAAACGGACAAGGACUUUUAACUAUUUCAGGGCUAGAAUCCAUUGUCACACUUGCUAAUUCCAGCUUUAGUGAAUGUCUCUAGUUGUACAUAAGGAAAGUCAUCUUUAGUUGAGUUUGUGGAUUAUCUGCUGAUACAGCACUGUUAUAUUGCAUCUUUUUAAUCAUGUCUUUCUGUUUCCAGUUAAAGUUUUUGUAGCAACCUUCAAUAUGACUUGGUUUGUCUGAGAUAGACGAAUCCUAAUCAAAUUACAUAGAUAGAUAGAUAGAUAGAUAGAUAGAUAGAUAGAUAGAUAGAUAGAUGAUAUAUUGAAAAGUAAGGUACUAAAAGGCUUACUUAUGCCUUUCUUGUUAAAAAUUUCUUGUAGACAGAAAGGUACUAGAAACUAGCUAAACAACUUUUACACCUCAUUAAAAAAUAAAUAGACAAACGUUUAAAGCAUCCCCAAGGAAAGCAUAGACCUGUUAAAUCUUAAUCUGUUUAAAUUAUUUCAGUAUUUUAAUAACACUUUUCAAUUCCAGGACAUUCCCUGAACCAUGUGACAGGAUUCUUUGGCAGUGGGUUUUAUUUUUAUAUUUCUGGUGGGUCUGGAACGUUUUAAAAGCUGUUUUAGCUUUUUUUUUGGCUGACACUGAGCAUGGUUAUUAAAUGACAUCAGAGAUGUAAAAGUACAUAUUUCUGUGAGCAGUUUAUCUUAAGGGACAUGGAGAAACCUUUAAUAAUAUUGUUUCAGUAAGAAAAAAGCACGUGCUCAUCAACACGACCUCCGAAUUUGUCCUGGUGACCAUUAAAAAAAAGUCAAACACAUUUUUUUGACAUCCUUCUGUCGAAUACUGUAUUCAAACCAUCAAAGGUAAUGUCACCAUAGUCCUGGUCUCAUUAGAGAGAGAGAGAUAGAUGACUGGUGUUGGUUUAACCUGAGGGUCACCACGCCUCGGACAACGGGAAAGGUUGAGAAGGAGAGAGUCCUUCACAAUCACCUCAGCAGAUGCAGGAAUUGAACCCAUGAUGUUGAUGCUACUAUGCAUUAUAUAUCAGCCAUCUAUGCUUACCAACUUCCACCUAAAGCCAUUCAAGCUUAUAAAGCACCCUCUAAUAUUUCGAUAUUAACUAUCAUUUAUCAAUAUUUAUCAGCAUUUUCAGGAUGGCCUGACAGAACUUUCAAUGUUGCUGUUGCACUGGUCACAGAUUUCCCACUCACGGGAUGUGGGUGUCACUGGCUGGCCCAGUAUUUAUUAAUUACCUGUCCCUAGUUGCCCCUUCAGA